AACGCCGAACUUUCGCAACAACACACUCUCCAACAAACCGCUGCACCAAUUCCCCAAAAUGACCACCGAAAAGAGCCACCGCCUCUAUGUCAAGGGCCGCCACAUCAGCUACCAGCGCGGCAAGCGCAACACAAACCCCAACGUUAGCCUCCUCUCGCUCGAGGGCGUCGACAGCAACGAGGAUGCGCAGUGGUACCUUGGAAAGCGCGUUGCGUACAUCUACCGGGCUCCCAGCAGCAAGGCCGAGGGACCAAGGGUUAUCUGGGGCAAGAUCCGCAGGACACAUGGCAACUCGGGUGUUGUGCGCGCUUCCUUCAGGAGCAACCUCCCUCCCAAGUCGUUUGGUGCUAGUGUCAGGGUUAUGAUGUAUCCUAGCACUGUCUAGGUGUGAGACUCAUGAGAGUGAGCAUACAUCGGCGUAAAAUGGGUGCAUUGGGACCGGAGUUCAGGCGAUUAUACCAUGGGACAUCAUGAUGGCUCGAGGCAGUCAUGGGACAGACUACUGUAAAUUACAACAAUACAAUGAGUGAAAUGUCAACA